GGCAUUUAAAUACAUAGUGAAGAUGUACGCUGAGGUUUCCGCGGCUGGGGAGUGACAGAGGAGCGGUGUGUGAUCUGGCUUAUGCUACAGAGUGAUGUGUGUGUAACCAAAGUACAAGAUGUCCAAGUUCCUGAAGCAUUUCACCUCUGUUGGUGACAACCAUAAUGAUAAACAAUGGAAUGAAGAGGAUGAGGAGAAGCCGGAACCACAAGAAGAAUCCAAACAAACACCUCAUCCAUUCACUUCUGCAUAUUCCUUCCGGGAUGCCCUAAAAUGGCUUUUCAGCUGUCACAAGUUUCAGAUUUUCAUUGUGUGCCUUGUUCUUCUGGAUGCCUUAUUUGUGCUGAUUGAAAUCCUUCUCGACUUGGAACUGUUAGAGGGAAAAGUUGAUCAUCUUAUACCAGAGAUCUUUCACUACUUGAGUGUCUCCUGCUUGUCCUUCUUCUUGUUGGAAAUUGUGGGUAAGCUCUUCGCCUUCCGGCUUGAGUUCUUCCACCACAAGUUUGAAGUGUUUGAUGCUGUCAUUGUUAUUAUAUCAUUUAUCAUCGAUAUCGUCUACAUCACCCGUGAAGAGGUAUUCAGUGCUGUUGGACUACUCAUCUUACUCCGACUGUGGAGGGUGGCCAGAAUUGUGAAUGGAGUCAUUUUGUCUGUGAAAAGUCGAGCAGAAGAGAAGAUCAACAAAUUAAAAGAGAAGCAGGGGACUCUACUGGGGAGAGUGUCCCAGCUAGAACAGCAGUGUUCCCAGCAGGAGCAAGAAAUUGGACGGCUUCAGAAAAUGUUACAGCAGAAUAAUAUCUUUCCUGAGCCCUAUGAGACCAACAUACCCUGAAGAAAGCAAAUCCUUUAAGAACAUUUAUUCUGAAUGUUAUCUGUAGCCAUCUU